UUCCAAUAAGUAAGAACCGUUUAUAAUUACGAAAAAACGCGCGCACACAAACACACAAGAAUGAUGACACCUCUGUGUUUAAGUAUGCAAACGUGUGAAGGCGGUAGGGAGGAACAGUCGCCGGUCAUGCCUUAGAUCAUUUCCUCACUGAAAAGCUGGGUAUAUUACCUUCUGUCAGGUGUCUGUCAGUGCUGCUGUCUGGUAUUGAUGCUUGGAGAAACAUUAUAGAGAAAUUUGAGUCUUCUAUAUGGGCCAUUUUCUUUCAAAAAAUGGUAAGCGUGUGAAGAAGAGAAGACGGAAAGUUAAGAGGAAGUGCUUUCUCCGCGGACCUUGUAUGUUGUGCUUCAUAGUUCACAAUACUUCUCUUGAUGAGGAUCAGUUUGAUAGUGCAUCCAAACUAGCUGAACGAUACGCUGCACUGACCACGACAGAGGAAUGUGCUAAGUUUCUUCUUUCUCCCAAGGAACUUGCUAUCUGGGAAGAACAAGGCAAGAGUUUAUUUUCGAGUGUUCCAACCAAACUGAUUGGGCCACCUCUGUUUAGAACAAUCUCUUCGGACUAUUUGGAGAUGCCAGUUUGCAAACGUAAAUGUGCUGGAGUGCAAACGUGUACACCUCAUAAACUGCCUCGUUCUGCAUUGGAGGGCGUUCCUGACACUAGUUUAAAUAAUGACGUAGCAGAGCAUCCAGUACCCGUGUGUACUUUGCCAGCUUCCACAGCAGAAUGCACUAGUGUGGGUCUUCAGGGGAACAUGGGUGACUGCUCUUCUCUGCUACAAUGUCCAGUGUCCCCUUUGGGACCUGAAGACAAUGAACGUCUCCCUCAUGAUAAUUUUAAAGACUUAAGAAUGGAAUCUGAACCGCCGAAUAUAAAUCAACUUCCUUCCUCUAUACUUCUAAAGGUCUUUGCUCAUUUAACUUUAAAGGAACGAUGUCUUUCAGCAUCUUUGGUUUGCAAAUACUGGCGUGACCUUGGUUUAGAUUUUCAAUUUUGGAAACAGUUGGAUCUCAGUGGUCGACAACAGAUCACCGAUGAUGUGCUUAUGCGAAUUGCGUCAAAGAAUCGAAACACAAUCCAAAUUAAUGUUUCUGAUUGUCGGAGUAUUUCUGAUACAGGAGUGAGUUCCAUAGCAUCGCAAAGUCCAGGACUGCAGAAAUACAUUGCAUAUCGAUGCAAACAACUGAGUGACAUUUCUCUCAUUGCAAUUGCUUGCCAUUGCCCUUUUCUACAGAAAGUACAUGUGGGAAACCAGGAUAAGCUUACGGAUGAAUCCUUGCAGCAGCUGGGAGAGAAGUGUCCAGACAUUUUGGAUAUCCAUUUUGGUCAAUGUUACAAGAUUACAGAUGAAGGCAUGAUGGCAUUGGCACAGGGCUGUCCAAGGCUGCAGAGAAUCUACAUGCAAGAGAACAAACUGGUGACAGAUAAAUCGGUGAAGGCAUUUGCAGAACAUUGUCCUUUGCUGCAGUAUGUAGGUUUUAUGGGCUGUUCAGUUACAUCUCAAGGGGUCAUCCACCUCACUCGGCUGAAGGAGCUCACCAGUUUGGACCUGCGCCACAUAACCGAGCUAAAUAAUGAAACCAUAAUGGAAGUGGUCAAGAGGUGCAGAAACUUAAGCUCUCUGAAUCUUUGUCUGAACUGGACCAUUAAUGACAGAUGUGUCGAAUUCAUAGCUAAGGAAGGACGCAGCCUAAAGGAGCUUUACCUUGUGUCCUGUAAAAUUACAGAUUACGCUCUGAUAGCAAUUGGUCAGUACAGUACAACCAUUGAAACAGUGGAUGUCGGCUGGUGCAAAGAAAUCACAGAUAAGGGAGCAACUCAGAUCUCGCAGACAAGCAAGUCCCUGAGAUAUUUGGGACUUAUGAGGUGUGAUAAGGUGAAUGAAGAUACAGUGGAACGUCUAGUUCAAGAAUAUCCACAUAUCACAUUUAGCACUGUGAUGCAGGAUUGCAAGCGGACGCUAGAACGGGCCUAUCAGAUGGGUUGGAUUCCCAAUACGUCAACGGCAUCAUAAUGCUGUCAAGAAUCUUCUGUAUUAUCACUUUGUCGUUCUUGUAAUUCUUAAAUACGGUAAUGUAGAGUGAGUACAAGAGAAGUCACAAGCAUUGGUUCUGCUGGACUAAGCUAUGAUCACAAAAGACAAUACAUUUCCACUUGUAUGUUCCUGUUUUGACAAUCUUUGCCCUCUGAAGGUUGAAAUCAUGGAUUUUCGGAUAUCCAUGGAACAAAGUUAAAAAUACGAUUCAGGGCAGGUAUCAGUUCUAUCGCAAAAAUAGUUUUGUUUUAUGAAUCAUUUGAUACCAGCAUUCCUUUGUUUUUGUUUUCAAAACAGCUGUAAUCAAACGUGCAUUCAGUAAGUUUAAAGUGAAAGAUUUGUCUUCUUCCUAACUCACUUUCUGUUAAAAGUUACAUCUGAGCCCCUAAUAGAUGUAAUGGGAUUUUUCAGGUGUGACAGUCUUUGACUAAAUUUAUUCAGUUAUUCUCUUGUUCAACAGAUCCUUUUUCAGAUAAUCUGUUAAGAUUACAUCUCAUUUUAUUAUAAGCUUCGUUAAAAAUCUGAAUUCCAUUUUGUUAAGUUUUAUUCAUCCUUGAAAUAAUCAAUUACACCUGAUGAAGAAGACGAGCAACAGCCCUUAUAAGAUUUCACUAUAGACAUAAGAAUCAAUGGAGUGUUUUUCCCCUAGAUCCGAACUUUUAACUGUGGCCAGCAUGUACAAUAAUGACUGACAUUUUAUUACUGUUUGUAUGUUCUUUUUUCUACAUACACAGUUAUUAAGAACUGGCUUGAGCAAGACAUAGUUUUUAUAACAUGGUCAAAGUAAAAUAAAACUAACUUCUGUCAGUUAUAAAAUUGUUGUAAAUAUCAUGUCUGAACACUUAGCAGAAGAGAAGUGUUUCAAAUGGUAAUAGUUAAAGUUGAGGGAAUUAUGCUGGAUUUCUCUGUUAUUUGAUAUUUGUCAUUAAAUGAACAACUUCUGUGGAAACGACUGUACAUGUUAUGUUGUAUUUCAAAUUCAAAAGUCAAGAGGUUCAGUAUUUUGGCCUUCAGUUUCUAGCCAAAGUGAUCCAACUUUAGAAUACAGAGCAAUUGUACAAUUCUUUAUUUUUUGCAUGUGAUAAUUAUGUCCUACCAGUUCCUGAGUUACUUAUAGUAUCAUUAGAAAAUGCAGUGUGCGAACCUAUGAUUGUUUGAAAAUAAAGAGUCAACAAAGUGUUAGCCAUUUUGUCAAGAAAUCGUAGGGAUCUAAAAGAGGAUGUGUGUCUUAAAUAUAAGUGAUUUGGAAAACAAGUUGUUUAAACCAGUUGGAGAAUGGACUUUAUUGUUCUGUGACUAUUCUGAAAGUAAAUAGAAAGAAUGAAGGAGAAGGAAAAGACAUUUAAAAAGAUGUUUGGUAAAUACCACCUUUCAGAACCCGUGGAGUAAUUGAGGUGCUUAAGAUAACUGGCAGUAACUGAGUGAUGUCUCUAACUGGCGGUCUCUACGGGUCUUGUCUCAGAUCCUGUACAGACACGUUAAACAAGUUUGUCAGUUUUCCAUUAGAUUGAUUUUCCUCAAGUGUAGAAGAAUUAUCCAACUUUGUUUUGGAGACUCAAACCAUUUUCCCAAAAUUUUAUUUUUCUGAUUCAUUCUGCAUUGAAAUGUAUUAAGGAAUUUUGGAAUUCACAACUAGUGGAAAUAAUUUAAUUUGGGGAAUAUACCAACAAUUUGAGGAAUGUAUUGCAAUGUUUCUGUGGAAGGGUUAGUUAAGGUGCAACCUUACAGAACUUUAGGUCAAUUACCAAAGGCUCCUGAUUAAAGUGAAGGAAUAUUUAUUAGUUAAAGUAGUUCCCUGCACCCUUUCUAUCUGAAUAGCAAUUAUAGUUGUAAAAAAUUACCUGGCUUUUGCUGUAAGAUUUGUUGCUUGCAAGGAAUCUCACCAUCAUGGAUGUCUUCAUUUCCUUACUGCAUCAAUACUUUCAGUUGUACAAAACAGCCUUUUGAAUCUUGGAUUAUGUACCCAUUUCAGUGGAGUCAUGUAGGAAGGUCAGUUCAGAGUGAACCCAGCAAAUGCUCUCUUUACACAGAAUAGACAGUGAAGAAACGGGCAAUUCACCUAGUGUUGAUAUUUGUACUCCAAGUGUCCCCUCACAUUCAAAUCAGUCUUUCAACAUGUGUUUACUAUUCUCUUUUAUCUCAAGGGUAGUUGGAAAUGUGGAAUUGAGGUAACAAUCAGAUCAGCCAUGGUCUUAUUGAAUGAUAAAGCAGGUUCCAAGGGCUGAGUAGUAUGCUUCUGAUCCUAACUUGUAUAUUCACAUACUGAUCCCGUUGCCUUUUGAAGGCUUCUAAACUAUUUGACUUAGCCACAUUUUACACUCAAAAUAAUUACUAAGGAAGAAUAUUUUAUCUAAUUUCCCUAUUGAAUUGAAUUUGCUCUGAACUAAUUUGUAUUUUUGACCCUCCGUUUUGAAUUCUCCCAAAAGUAGAAGUAUUCUCUCCACAUCUAAGCCCUCAGAAAUUAUUCUCAAAAAAUCAGUAGAUAUUAAAUCUUCUCUUUCCUAAAGAAGAAAAUCCCAAUCUUUUCGGUCUUUCUAGAUACCCGUAAUUGCUUCUUUACAAUAUCACCCAUUUUUGGCAGUAUCUCGCCAACUGUUUUUUUGCCUCAGGAUGGCUUGGUGGCUCUGGUCACUGACAGGUCUCUGUCAGAUCAUGAAUUUAAUGGCAUUGCAAUGCAAUACCUUAUUGAGAUGUGAAAAUCCUUUCAACAGAAAGUUUCCCUCAGAUUUUUAUUCCUUUUUAAAGAUUUGGAUGUUCCGUAAUUCUAUACAUUUUCCAAAUAGUCAUAACUUCAAAACAAUUUAGGACUGUUUCAUGUUAAUACAUAAUCCCCAAAUCUUACAUUUUAAAUAAGCUAAAAAUUGUGUGAACUUAAUGAAAGAAAUAUGUGACAAGCGCAUUUUUUCAAUAUUUAAAAUGGAUGAUUUUCCUCAAAAUGUAGAAUUUCAAAGUUCAGAUGCCUCAUUUGAAAUCUUCUAUGGAGUGUUUUUGGUUGCGUCUUUAAUUAUUUUUUCUCCUAUUUUUGUAUCAUUUGCUACUGCAGAGUUAGCCUGAUGAUUUUGUCUUGCAUAAGUAUACACAAGCUCAUAACAAAUCUAGAUUUUAUCUGCAAAUUUGCAUGCAAUUUCGAAGGACGUCAUUGAUCUUAUAAGUUACUCGGCUGUGUCAAAUUGAUGAUGACUGGAAUAGGUGUACCCAUAAUUUUCAUUCACACAAGUUAAUCUUAACAAAGCCUCAAGCAAGGUUUGAGAUUACAAGGAUUUCCCAUCCAAUUAGUGGGUAUCUGGACUAGAUUCUCAAAUGAUGAAGUGUUAUUAAUACUUUCCUUUAACAAAAGAGCUCUGUAAGUAUCCGGUUAGGAAUUAGAUUGAGAGUUGUAAUGAUGAAUACUGGCAGAAAUGAUUAAUGGGACAAGAUGGUCCUAUUAUUCCGCUGAAACAAUGGAAUGUCAUGGCAACUGGACAUGGAUAACUAAUAUCGGGCUUAUUGUCAAGUCUGAGGUUUCAUUUCACUUAACUUUCUUGGAAAGGCAGUGAGAAACUUUACAGAGCCUUUGUUCAGCUCGAUUUGGUAUGAUCCUAAAUAGAGAACUGUACAUGCAUGAUUGUGAAAGAAAUGUUUGAUGGGCUGAUUGGUCUUUUCUCAAUUCUAGCCUUUAAUUCUCUACAAAUAUUGAAUUUCCAAGUGACUUAUGACACUUUUUCAUCCAUCGAAGUUUUUUUUCUCUAAUGGUGGAAAUUUGAUUUAUUUUACCAGGAAGCUGUUCAAUGAAAAUAAAUUGUAAUCUGUUACUUGUAACAGCAAUAUGACACAAGAUGAGAAAAUAAAAUGUUGGAAAUUACUUACUGAUUUGUUGCAAAAAGAUUGUCCAAUAAACACUAUUUCAAACUUA